AUGGAUGAAUCAUCAAUUCACCUGCCUGUAAUAAAUGUAUGGAAUAAACAAAUGGAAAAAAUCAAACUUUUUAUAAAACAAAAUAUUAACUUAGAAUUUGAUGAUUUAGAAGGAAAAUUCCUUGUUUUACAGAAAGAAAUGACAGAUGAAAUUAAAGGAAUACUCUUUGCAAAUUAUAAAAACUUGGAUCUUACUCACCAAAAGGAGUGCCCAAAAAUGAAUAGACUAGUGAGUGAAAACAAAUUACUUCUUAAUCAACUUAAAGAAAUUGGUAAGGAAUUAAUAAUAAAAAGUGAGCAAAUUCAAGAAAAAAACGCGAUGAUAGACACGUGUCAGAAAGAAAUUAGGAAGCUUGAGUUGGAACGGACUGUUAACAGAAUCCAAGAAAAUAUGGAUAAAGAUCAAAACUUGGAACUUGUUACCAGAUUAGAAAAUCAAGUCUUCACACUAAACCAAAAAUUAAACAUUAUUAAGGAUGCAAUUAACAAUUAA